CUGAAGAUCCUGGCGGGACUAUUUUCAGUAUCUCUCUCAUUCUUUUUUCUUUUUCUCUAUUCCGGCUUGCCAAAGAGCCAUGGCUGGAUUUACGGCGGCGUUAAGCGUCCACAGAACACUAGUGUCGACAUGCCCAAGAAAGGGAACCGAAAACGGCUGAAAUUUAGGGCCGGGGACGUUUGCUCGGAAUCAGUGACCGUUGCUGAUUAUGCUGAUGCCGAUCCAGCCGUUGUCAAGUCUGGUAGAGUGAAAAAGGCUGUUGCAAAUGCAGUUGAAAAAGAAGUCAAAUUACUCUGCGGCCUGGAAGCAUCACUGGGUGCUGUAGAAGAGGUCCUCUCAUCUGCGGAAACCAUCAAAAUAGAUGGUUUGGAGAGCAGUGAUGACUUGGACCAUGAGGAAGAUGGUGAUAGUGAAACUAAAGUGGUCCACAAGAAGAAGAACAAGAGGAGAAAGGAGAGCAAUGAGAGCAGCGAUGGGAAAGAAUAUCCAGUGGACAUUUGGCUUGUGCUUUCUUCUUAUAUUCGGCCAGAAGAUGUGUGCAGAUUCUCACUAAUCUGUAGGAAUGCCUGGAUGGUCACAUGCACUGCAGUAUUUUGGACAAGGCUAUACAGAAGACACUACAGAAUCGAUGUUGACCUGCCCUUUCGUCUCCAGCCUGACUGCAUUGACAGAAUGUGCUGUCUCAGGGCCCGUGUGAUUCGCUCCCUCUUUCAUUUGUAUGAGCCUUUCAGCUCGCGUGUCUCCAAAAUUCCUGCCCUGCCUGAAUCUACACCAACAACCUUGCUCAAUUCCAAGUGUGUAUUGUUCUGGGUAAAAAAGGUGACUGGGACUCGACCAGAAGGAUUGUGGGAGUUCAACUUCAAGUUUGUAAAACAGGUAAAUACUAAAAAUGGUCGUGCAAAGUCCUUGCGUAUGCCAAAACAGUACGAAGAUGUCCACACAAAUCCAGACUCGGAUUGUUACUUGCUUCAAGUGUCCACAUUAAAUUUCAUCUUUAUUCCUGUGGUCAUGGGGAUGACUCUUUCUCAGUUCACAAUCAAUGUCAGCCCAGACAUGCGCCACCACCGAGUUCGUCUGAUGUUCCAGGACUCUCCGGUCCAGAGAGGCAAGAAAAGAGUGGAUCAUGGCGGGAUGCAGGUGGUGCUGGACCCUGUACACAGUGUGAGACUUAUGGAUUGGUGGCAUCCGCAGUACCCCUUGUCGCAGUAAACUAUUACACAGCAGCACAUUGCACAAACAAUCUUGACCAUUAUCUCACUGCUUGCCCAAGAGAAAUUAGAUUUGAUUUGACCCCUGAUUAUGUGUAAAUUUGAAACGCCCCCACAGUCAUAGGACAUGCAACCAGCUGUUUGCUUAUCAAUAAUUCUGCAUGCACCACCACUUAAGACAGUAGAGGGUAAAUCUGUUAACUUGUAUAACCAGUUGAAUAAACACACAAUGUUUAGAGUGACUAUAUUCAAUGUUGAAUGACUCAUAAAAAUCACAUACUUGAUCUUAAAGGGAUAGUUUGGAUUUUUUGACAUGAAGAUGUAUGACAUCCCCAUCAGCAGUGUAGUCCCUCAACGGUGACUUACCCCACACUUGGUCCCGUAAGACCAGUUCUGGUCGGAAUUUGGUGAUGAGAAAUGUAGUUUCGGUUAGUUAUUGGGGUUUCUUAAGUAAAGAGUUUGGCUUCUCAAAACAAUGUGCGUUAGAAAGAGUAAUUAAUGUGCGCUAUCGGCUGUAUGUUGUUGUGUAUGUUGUUGUGUAUGUGAUCAAAAUGGCUACGACCCUCUUCAUCGGCUGUGGAACACAUAUGUAAACAAGAUGGCUGCGAUGUUGUGGCGGGUGCAUCUUCGUCACACACACAACAAUGGACAGCGCGAAUUAAUGCGACGUCAGAGAAAGUAAAACUGAGCGAUUUGUGACGUCUGAUGUUUUUGGGGGGGGAGAUUUUGUCAUGCAAAUGUAUUACUCUUUCAAAUGCAUAUUGUUUUGAGAAUACAAACUCUUUACUUAAGUAACCCCAAUAACUAACCAGAACUAUGUUUCUCAUCACCGAAAUCCAACCAGAAGUGGGCACACAGGAUGAAGUGCGGGGUAAGUCACUGUUGAUGGACAACACUGCUGAUGGGGAUGUUACACAACUUCUUAUUUUAAAAAAUCAGAAAUAUCCCUUUAAUGUACACUGGAGGGAAUGAGCUACUUCAGACAUUGAUAAAUUGUCUUUCAACUUACAGUAUAACAUGACAUCCUCUGAUAAAUAAUGAUCAUUGUAGACUUGUAGAGAUUGGUAGAUGACAUGAUUCCAUAGCAGAUGGCAAUUGAUUGUUUAGUUGGGGGUCAACUAUUUCCUCUUUCAUUGAUGACUUGCUGAACUAAAAUAAAAAGCCCCUUUGAACACCCA